UCUAGGGCCACUGAGGUAGUAAAAGCUAUCAUACAGGGUCUCAAUGGUAAGGUUGACAAACUCGCCACAGCUGUGGUAGCUAAAGUUGAACAGGCUCUCCAACCUCUAGCUCAACCUCAAGAUCAAGGUAAUGUCACAGUUAAUCUCACCACUAACAUCAGUGGAGUCCUCAAAACAGAUAAUGGUCUCCAAGGUCAAGUCCAAAGCGUCAAAGAAGCUCUCGAAUCACAUCUUAGUAUCACUCCUGGUAAUGGUGUUGCUCAAGCUGUGGUCACUGAAGCCCUCGAAACCCUCACUGAUCCUGCUAAAAAACAAGCUGCCGUCGACAUAGUCAAAGGAGCUCUCGGUGGUACCACUGCCAAUGAUACCGCCAAAGUAGAGGACACUGAUCUUCAAGGACCGGCCACAGAAGCUCUCAAAACUGUCAAACUCCAAAAUCAGGCAGGUGCAGUCAAAACUAAUCUCAAAUCUGGUGGUAGUGGUAAAACCCAAAUAAAUAUCGGCGAUUCAAUCACUCAAGCCCUCACAAAACUUGAACAAAAUAAACCUGGUACUACUACUGGUGAAAAAGAACCCAAACCUGAGGCCGUCCAAGAUGUCCAAUCCGCUCUCUCUCAAGGUACUGCCAAAACCCAAUUCACAAGUCUAUGGCACAUUAAGGGCACUGAUGGCUACAGUAGUCUAGAUAGUGCCCAUUGGUACAUUAUGUUUCCAUUUCUUAUGGUCCUGAUUGGUAUGGGUCUAGUCUACUGCAUAUAUCCAGCCAUAGCUCCUGGAAUGAUUGUUCCAUUUUACCUCGUGGAUAAGAUUGAGAUGGUUCUGUUGAUAGCCACCAUAUUUCCAGCUCUGUAUGUGGCAAUUGCCAGAAGUGGUAAACUGAUACCAGGUUUUGGUGGUUUCUUCAAUCCCGUGUCUCCUACAUGUAAUUGGGGAGCCAAAAAUGAACUACCCUGGAUACCUGGAGUACCAUUAGGCCAAGGAUACCACUGGCACCUAACUGACCUAGUGAUUCCUACCAUGAUCAUUUUAGCCUAUUUAUUUAUUUACUCACUGCAUUACAGAGACUCAUCAGUUGCCAGAUCAAUCAUCAACCAACCCAAAAUGUCUACAUGUCUAACCAUUCUAUUCUAUAUGUGUCAUGAGAUCUCAUUGGCUGUAGGAUUUCCAGGUAUCUUUGGUGGUAAUGGAGGUGGUAGCAUCCUAGCCCUUACGGCUCAGCUGAUAGGUGCAUUUCUGAUGUGUCUGUUAGCUCCAUAUUCUGAAGGUUACAUUAUUGAGUAUAAGAGACAUGAUCCUAGCAAUUGGCCUACAGCAGGAAUGACUAGGUGGAAUGCCCUUAGGUACUGGACCAAAAUGGCCUCCAAGAACUGCAAUAAGAACCUAGCAGCAUUGUUCACCAAAGACCUGAGAAGAGACCUGUUACUAUGCAUAGAAAGAAAUGAGCUAAUCUAA